AUGAGUUGCCACGUAUGCUCUCGAGCUCCGACAUCACACAUACAAUAUUUUUGCCCUAUCUGCGCCCGCAAUCGGCUCUACCAGCUACACAACGAGAAUGUGCGGAUCCUUAUUGAAAGCGAGUCGAUCGCACGGCAAAUUGAGGAUGCAGUUAAAAUUGGCAACUACCGAGACGUAUUAUCAGACAAAUAUGAGAAACUAAGCAAUAAUAAUAAAGAUACGCAACUCAAAUUUUGGAUCAAGCAGACUAUCUCCAACCAACAAUCCAAGUCAUUCCCAAGGGCAAAGAUACUUGCUAUUCAGGUUGAAAAGUUGAGACUUGAGAUUGAGAACAAACGACUUGAGAUUUCUCAGCGCAAAUUGGCACUAAAACGACGAUAUUCGGAUGCUGAAUCUGCUAAAUACCAGCUUGUGGAACGAGAAGCUGCGAUUUUAGCUGGCGUCCAGAAUAGCACUAAAAGAACGGAUCAUCUCUGGCAUUCACAGCAUAGUAAGACGGCUGAAGCCCGGAUUUUCCUUUGUCGAGAAGCAGCAAAUAUCUAUGGUUUAUGCCAAGUAGCCAAGAAGAAGAAUGGUGAAUUUAAAGAGACAUAUUGCAUUGGUGGGGUAUCUAUAUGCAACCUCAAGGAUAUGAAUGGCAAGUUGUAA